UAAAUAGCCGAAUUAAAGUAAAAGUAAUGGAUCAAGAAGAAACAUAUUCUAUAUUGCCUGAUAAUAUUUUGUUAACCAUAUUUUCUCUAUUGGAUUUUAAUGAUGUUGUAUCAUGUGAAUUAGCUUGUAUUAAUUGGAGGGCUAUUAGCCAUAAUAAUCAUUUAUGGAAAUUAUUGUUUCAUAAGCACUAUAAGUUAAUUAAAAAAGGAUAUUUUUUAAAAAUAAAACUUGGUGCUCUUUCCUGGAGAGAGGAAUUUAUAAGAUUAUAUUAUGAAGUUCCAUUAAUUCAACUAAAAGAUCCAUAUGUCAAUGAUAAAGAAAAUAAUAAAUAUUUAUUAAAGCACAAAGAUCAGGUUUUACAUGUAAAUUUUUCUCAUGAUGGAAAGAUGUUUGCUACUUGUUCAAAAGAUGGAUUUAUUAAGGUUUGGAAUAUGUCUUCCUUCCCAAUCAUAACCCUGAAAUACAGCUUUGAUUUAAAGUUAUACAAUUGGAAAUACACUCAAUAUUCGUGUUUUAAUGCAGACGAUACAUUAUUGUUAGUUUCUGGAGUCCAUUUUGGAUCGCAUAGUACUUCAGGAGAAAUUGCUGUUUUUAACGUAAUAGAUGGCCAAUUUACGUUACAAUGCCGUGUUAUAAAUAGACCUUACGACGUUUUCGGAACUUGGUACAACGAGGAUUAUCUCAUAUCCGGUAAUCUUCAUUGGUUCGGUCAUUUGCUAUCUUGUUCUUCCUUGUGGAUUAACAAAGCCUGGCAGGAAACAGAUUCCGAACUAGAAACAGUCGUCAUGAGAACUUUUAAGUUUUUCAACGUUAACGGUAGUUCCGUUAGAAAUAUUAUGGUUUGCGACUGCCUAACAUCUCUUCCUACCAAAGAAAACCAAAUAAAUGUUGAUUCAGAUGCCCAAUUAAGCGAAACAGACGCCAACCAUAAUUAUCAGAUAGAUAAUAGGAUUAAAACGAACGAACAAAACGAAAUACCACCCUGGGCAUCAACCUCUGUAGAUCUUCCUACAUCUUCUUCCGGUUCUUCCACUUCAUCAACAUCUACGCUAUCGUCUGCUAAUUUAAAGGACCCGAGAAAUUCAAAAAGAUCAUUAAAUGAUUCGCGUAAACACGCGUUAAAUGGCGAUAAAUAUUUGGUCUUCACGACAGGUUCAAAAACUUAUGUACCCCAUCAAAUAGGAUUUAAACUGAUAAAACCUAUCAAGUUACCUACCAUUUCUCAAGCGUUAGCCAUAUUAAACCCAUCAUCUUCGGCUCACAGAGAUAACAGAGACUACCCGGAAACUGUCGGUUUGGAAACUGAUGCUGACACUAUUCACGAUUAUAAUCCUCUUAUUUACAGGGGAGCACGUUCAUUUCCCAACAAUGAAUUUCAGAAUUAUCCCGAGCAGAUGGAUUUUGAUAGCAUAGAUCACCUGAUCGAUUUUAACGGGCACAUCAUAGGAAUGACCUUUUCUCCUGAUCAAAAAUAAUCGAUAACCAGAUUUUCACGUCACAUAAAGCCUAUACCCAUAACGAAGAAUGUUUCUUUUUGUUUUUAGACGUGAGCGAUGAAUACUUAGCGAGUGGAGCUGAAGAUAAAUCGGCCUACAUAUGGGAUAGGUA